AUGGCCCCAUUAAACGUCCCUAGCGCCCUCGCGCCCUUCGCCACCUCCACCUACUCACCCCCCGCUAUGCCGCUUGUCACGCAGCUCUCCGCGCUAGCCACCAUCGUCACCCCGACGACGCCCUACACACCCAUGGCCUCUCCAUCUUCCAUCUCGGACAUUCUCCACGAGAUCUCCAAGGCAGACAUCGCUGCUGAGCCUACUUCCACUCUGGACCUCAAAGUGAAGUCCAGCAGCUCUGGAGCCGAAGGCGGCUUGUCGACUAUAGCUGUAGUCGGCAUUAUCGGUGGUAUACUUGUGGGCAUGCUUGUUCUGGGGUUUGUUGUUGUGAAAAUGUGCCAUCAUUAG